AUGUGGGACUCUGUGCAAGUCGCCGCGGUGGUGACACGUGUCGUGAGAACAGUUUGUGAGCUUUGGCAGUCGGGAGUUUCGGCAGGUGCUUGGCACCUCGGAAGAGUGUCUUCCUUCGGCAGGAGAGAAGGCGUGUCUGCCUUGGUGCUAGUUGUUUUGAGACUGGAUAUGCUCGGUUGA